AUGGUUUAUUCUGUUCCAGAGAAGGCUGACGGGAACAAUCCGGUGGACUUUAUCAAGAACCCUCUGAAUGAAAAGAUGGGUGUAGUGCUCACAGAGAAAGAGCACAUCGACCUGCUCUGGGGAAUAAAGUCGUGGCAGUUUGCUGACAGUCGCCUCGUAGGAAAAGCAGCACCGGGAGAUACUGCUUUAACCAACCUCAGCAUCACAAAGCACAACCUGACCAAGGAUUAUUUUAAAGCCUUCAUCAUCAUGCUCAGCCCGCCUCACCAUUUUGGCUACUUCUCUCUCAACGGCUCCCACUACUACCUGACCUGGUUCGUUUUCCCCCGUCUUUCCCUCCACCCCCCCGAACCACCCCCUUUAAGUCUUCCCAUGCAGCAGGAGAGACACCACCAAGAAAAGUGCAGUACUUUAAAGAUCUGCGACGUUUACUGUCCGAAGGACCUCGGUUGCAAGGAACUUACCUGUUGA